AUGGAGUCUACUCAAAUAGCUCUUGGUGGACAGGAGGAGGAGGCCAUUUUUCGUUCUGCGGAAAUGUCGCUUAUCCAGUUGUUCAUACCUCUUGAGACAGCUCGUGAAACCAUGUACACUCUUGGCUCCCUUGGACUUGUUCAGUUUAGAGACCUUAACAAGAAAGUCAACUCUUUCCAACGUUCAUUUGUGAAGGAAAUUAGAAGAUUAGACGAAAUAGAGCGUCAGUACCGUUUCUUCAGAACCCAAUUAGACGAUUAUGAUAUCCCAUUGAUAGAAAACCCAUUCAGAAACACUGGUAUGGAUAAUAUUCCAAAAACUUCUGACGUCGAUGACUAUGUGGAAAAUGCCAAAAUUCUUGAACAAAGAAUAACCCAACUCAUUGAAAGUUUGAAAACUUUGGAACUCAGGAAGAAGACUCUUGUCCAACAACGUUACAUGUUGGCCACUGCUGAAGAAUUUUUUGCUGACGAUUCUAAUUCCGGUGACCAGUUAAAUGUUGAAUUUGUUGCUGGGAUUAUUCCCCAAGAGAAAAUCGUCAUUCUCGAACGUAUUUUGUGGCGUACCCUUCGUGGGAAUUUGCUUUUCAAAACUCACGAAAUUAUUGAGCCUAUUUAUGAGCCAGAAUCCAAAACCUCAGUCCGCAAGUCAACUUUCAUUGUGCUCUCUCAUGGUGCAAUUCUUUUAAAUAAAAUUAGAAAGAUUGCUGAAUCACUCGAUGCCGACUUGUAUGACCUUGAAUACGCGGAGCCUGCUAGAUCUGAGGCCAUGGUUUCCAUCAACUCCCAACUUGCUGAUAUUGAUGCUGUCCUUGACACGACAAAUCUUACACUUCAAGCUGAGCUUACAGCCCUCAGUCAAGAAUUAUUGUCGUGGAAUACAAUUAUUAUGAAGGAAAAAAGUAUUUAUCAAUCCCUCAACUUAUUCAAUUAUGACAGAAGCCGUAAAAUCCUCGUGGCUGAAGGUUGGGCCCCAACUGCGGAUCUACCAGCAUUGCGCCAUCAUUUGUUCCAAGUUAAUUCACCUUCAUCCAAUGGUGCUUACCAAGAUUAUGAAGAUGAAGAUGAUAGCACUAGCUCUUUGGGAUCCUCAGGUGCAGCUUCUCGGUCUGCGGAAGGCGACUCUGAAAUUACCACUAUUAUCAAUAUUCUUUCAACUACCAAGCAACCACCAACUUAUCACCGUCUCAAUCAAUUCACUUCAGGAUUCCAGGCAAUUUGUGAUGCCUAUGGUGUUCCAACCUAUCGCGAAGUGAAUCCAGGUUUGCCUACUAUUGUGACUUUCCCAUUUAUGUUUGCGAUUAUGUUUGGUGAUUUGGGCCACGGGUUCAUUUUAACCCUCAUUGGACUUGCUAUUGUGCUUAACCAGAAGUCAUUGUCAGAAAUGAAACGUGGGGAUAUUCUUGACAUGGCCUAUUCUGGCCGUUACAUUGUGUUGCUUAUGGGCGUCUGCUCCUUAUACACUGGUUUCCUUUACAAUGAUAUUUUCUCCCUUUCCAUGACGUGGUUCAAGUCUGGCUGGAAAUGGCCUGAGAAUUUCAAGAAGGGCGACCUAAUUGAGGCUAGGCAAAUAGGGGUUUAUCCAAUUGGUAUUGAUCCAAUCUGGCACGGCACUGAAAAUGGUUUGUUAUUCCUCAACUCAUAUAAGAUGAAAUUAUCAAUUGUGAUGGGUUACCUCCACAUGUUGUAUUCUUAUAUGUUCUCCCUUGUCAACUUCGUUCACUUUGAUCUGAUCAUUGAUAUUUUCGGUAACUUUAUCCCAGGUUUCCUUUUCAUGAAUUCUAUCUUUGGUUAUUUAUCCGUGCUUAUUAUCUACAAGUGGUGUGUCGAUUGGAUUGCCAUUGAAAAACCGGCUCCAAGUUUACUAAAUACCUUGAUCUCUAUGUUUUUGUCACCAGGUACAGUUGACGAGGAACUCUACAGUGGACAGGCUCCACUUCAAGUUUUCUUUUUGAUCAUUGCAUUGAUUUGUGUCCCAUGUUUGCUUUUCCUCAAGCCAUUGUAUUUGAAACGUCAAAUUGACAAGAAAGCUGCUUAUGAGGCGCUCACCACUGAUGUCGUAGAAAACGGACAUGCCGUCCACAUUGAAAAUGACGACGAUGAUGAAGAAGCAGGUGGUCAUUCCGAAGAAUUUGGAGAUAUCAUGAUUCACCAAGUUAUUCACACUAUUGAAUUCUGUCUCAAUUGUGUGUCGCACACUGCAUCUUAUCUUCGUCUUUGGGCUCUUUCUCUUGCCCACGCCCAAUUAUCCCAAGUUUUGUGGAGUAUGACCCUUGCGAACUCAUUUGGAAUGACUGGUAUCUUUGGAGUUGUAAUGACAGUUAUCUUGUUCACAAUGUGGUUUGUUUUAACGUGUGCUGUCCUCGUGGCUAUGGAAGGUACGUCAGCAAUGUUGCACUCUUUACGUUUACAUUGGGUUGAAAGUAUGAGUAAAUUCUUCGAAGGUGAAGGUUAUGCAUACCAGCCAUUCAGUUUUAAGACCGCCUUAUCUUCAGAACUUUGA